AGGGUCAACAAACCAAAAUGGCGACUUACAUUGAGGACAUGCAAAAAUAUUUUCAGAGUAAUGGAAGAACGAAGGAAAUGUCUCCACACAAUGCCAAAGUGCAUUCUGUAGCGUGGAGCUGUGAUGGAAGAAUGCUAGCAUCUGGGUCUUUCGAUAAAACCGUUGGUUUAUUUACGUUGGAUAAGGAUAAAAUGAGACUUGAAACAACCUACCGAGGUCAUAAUGACAGUGUGGACCAAUUAUGUUGGCAUCCUUCAAAUCCUGACCAGUUUGUUACAGCUUCAGCAGACAAAACCAUUCGAAUAUGGGAUGCCAGAUCUUCCAAGACAGUUGCUACUGUAAAUACCAAAGGAGAAAAUAUUAAUAUCUGUUGGAGUCCAGAUGGCCAUACUAUUGCCGUUGGCAAUAAGGAAGACUUGGUAACAUUUAUCGAUGCUAGGACGCACAGGACUAGAGCUGAGGAACAGUUUAAGUAUGAGGUCAAUGAGAUUUCAUGGAACAAUACCAAUGACCUUUUCUUCUUGACAAAUGGGCAUGGCUGUAUUAAUAUACUUAGUUACCCAGAGUUGAAGCCUUUGACAACGCUUCGAGCCCACCCUGCCAAUUGCAUAUGUAUAGAGUUUGAUCCGACAGGUAAAUACUUUGCAACAGGUAGUGCAGAUGCUCUUGUUAGCCUCUGGGACGUUGACGAACUUGUAUGUGUCCGCACGUUCUCCAGGUUGGAUUGGCCUGUGAGGACCAUAAGUUUCAGUCAUAAUGGGAAACUGUUGGCAUCUGCAUCAGAAGAUUUGUUAAUUGAUAUUGCUGAUGUUGAAACAGGAGAAAAAGUUGCAGAAGUUGCUAUUGAAGCACCCUCUUUCACCAUUGCUUGGCAUCCAUCACGAUAUUUACUUGCUUUUGCUUGCGAAGAUAAGGACAAAUACAAUCGGGAUAGAGAUGCAGGAACGGUCAAACUCUUUGGCUUGCCAAGUGAUAAUUGAAAUAUGGGACUGUAUUCCGAUUUGUGCACUAGGUAACUACCAAAUACUAUUGCCAACUUUCCUUGGGUUGGAUUUGCAUGAAGGCUGAAGCUGUCCGACAAAUCCCGAUAACACGAGUCUAGGGAUCGAGCUCCUGUGUCCAGAAAAAGAGUAAUUUUUGGCUAUAUUAUUGCGCUGUAUAAUGGCCGAAAUAUUAAUUAUUUUGUCUCCAUUUUUGUCUGACAUGUUGCAGCCAAUAUGAAGUCGUCUCACUGCCCCCACCCAUGCUAACAUUAAUAAGCUGUCAAAAUUUGGCAUUAAUUACAUCAUUGUAAAGAGACUGUUGUUAGGCAAGCAAACUUAAAAGAUGAGACAUACGAAGAGACUAUAUCCAGGAUAUACAAAGUAUUUAUUCAUUUUGAAAAUAAAGUUGAUUUAUAAA